AAAAAGCAUCUCUAACCUGAUGAGUAACAAGCAACAGUCGUUUUCUACAACGACUAUGAAUUCACCUAUGGUUAUUGGCUCGUCUACGACUGGUAGUGGUGGUAGUGGUCCUAUAACCAUGAUGAUGAUGAAUAGUAAUAGUAGUACUAGUGGUGGUGGAGGUAAUAAUUCAUUGAAUAAUAAUAAUAACAAUAAUAAUAAUACUACUACUUCCUAUUAUAACAUACAACAAAUUUCACCCAAACUACAAGCCACUUAUCAUCAACAACAACAACAACAAAUACUCACUCCUAUAAAGACUCAAACACAAACACGUAUUCAACAAUACUUUAACAAGAAUAACCAGAGAAGUAAUAGUGCUGGACUCAUUCAACUCCGACCUCAAAGUAGUAAUUCGAAUAAUGAUGAAAAUUCUUCACCAAUACAAAGCAAACAACAAUCAAAGCCUACUAAACAAGCAUUGACUACAACUAUUGUCAAUACCUUGGAUGGUUUACUUGUAAAUAAUAACAAGGAGAAUGUAUCUCCAACAACCCUAGGCACUACUAAAUCUUUAUCAGAUUUAAAAAUCUCAAAAUCAACAACACAACAAGAAUCUAAUACUCCUUCAAUUACUACUCAAGAAGUACCAAGUAUUCUCACUCCAACAACAAUUGAAUCACUCAUUCUAAGAUUUAUUUCUAAUGAGACUCCUGUUAUUAAUAAGAAGAUAACUAAUGCAUUGAGCAGCAGUGAAGAAAAUUUGAUCAAGUUUUUCAAAUUGGUAACAGAUCCACUUUCUUUGGGUGUUCACAAGAAGGAAACUCAUGCCUUUGGUGAAAGAUUUAUUCAAGUUAUAUUUGCUGCAACAGGCACAUUUGAAGAGUUAAUUUCUAAUAAUUUAACUCUAAUUUUGAAAGAAUUGUGCCAUACAUUUAUUUCUGGUAGAUUAUAUCAUGAACAAUUGAUUGUAAAAUUGAUCAAACAAUUGUAUGAUGUUUAUAGAACAAGGGUACAUACUGCCAUUCGCAUGAAUAAUUUAAUGCCAUACUUUGCACACAUUACCUUUUUAACAAAUUUCCUUGUUAAAGAAGUGAUUCCUCUCAACAAUAGCAAAUUGUAUGAAGAAAAACUCAAAUUCCUCGAAUACUUUUGUAACAAUUCCACCUACUGGAAGUUGUCUGAUACAACAGUGUUUGUUGAUUUAUGGGAACAAUCAAUUAUUCUAAUGCAAGAAAGUAGUUAUACUACCAUGUUCCAAAAGAUACAAGAACUCUUAUUUUCUAAAGUUAUUGACCAAUGGUUUGAUACUGUUAGAAAGAGAGAUUCAUACGAGCAAGGUGUUGAAUACUUGCAACUUUUAAAUAACCUAGUGCGAGAUACAAGUAAUUCUUCUUUAGAAGUGAUUACAAACUUUCAUUUUAAACUUUUGAAGAAUCUUCUUGACAAACGAUUCCCAAUCAUGGUUCAAAUCCUUCUUGAGGAUUUUAACAAUAGAUCCCAUCAGUAUGGUGUUAAGCUGUCUGCAUACAAUAUUAGAAAUAGAUUUACAGCUCUAAGAUUAGAAUUAGUUCAUUUGCUUACAUUUGUUGUACACUUUUCAUAUUUGGAUUGUAUUGAAAAAUCUGUUUUCCAAAUGUAUCCUCUAGAAUCUAGUCAAAUGAUUGCAAUUUUAACAGAGUAUUUCUUUACUUACAAUCACUGUAACGUUUAUCAUAACAUUUAUUGCAUUCUAUUCAUGGAAGUUAUUUUCAGAAAUGAGGGCAAUAUAAUCAAGUACUUUUUGGAAAAGUUCUUCUUUAGAUCCGUCCAACUAUAUGAGAAUAGAUUAAAGGUUGAUCAAUGGGGCCAUACUCUCCAAUUGUUAAACAUGAUUAGAUUAAGUUCAAAGUGUUCAGAUAAGGAAGCAGAAAUUAACAAAUUCCUCUCCAAGCAAACAGAAUGGAAACAAUUCGAAGAAAUUAUCACUCAACAAACUCUAUCUAUGGAAGGUUUCUCUGAUAUUAGUCACAUUAAUAUUGGUUCUCCAUUUGCUGAAAGAUUUGGUUUUACAGAGUUUGAUUUGUCAAUCAAUGCAGCCACCAACGAGUACAGUCAAUCAAAGGAAUGGAAUUCAUUCCAGGCAAGUCUUGGUUAUAUUUUUCAAACACCUACUUGUACCAUCAGUGUCAAAGAUGCUGUCUACCCUCAAAUAUUUAAUUGGACUUUAAAUGAGCUGGUUCUAUGUUAUGAAAUGGAAGCAGUUGAUCCAUUCCCACGAAUGCAUGAAUAUGCUGGUCAAUUACUUGUCAAGACUUUGAAAAAUCAUUACAAUAUUACAAAUUUGAAUGCAAAAUUCUUAAUUAUCAAUACUACUGAAUUGGGAUACUUUCCAACAAUGAAAAAUGCAGUAGAUAGCGCAACUUGCCAUGUUGCUAUCGCCUCCACAAAUUACGAGGAGAGCAGAAGUAAUCAAGUUGAAUUUCAAUGUCCAUACGGAGCUAGUUUUACAGGAAUAUUGAGAUCUGAAAGAAGUAAUGGUUCACUAGUCAUAAACACACCCUCUGACCUCAAUAAGGAGGGUGUACUUAUUGCAGCUCCAUACAUGACCAUCGGUUAUGAAUAUUCGAAAGUUAAUUUUCCAAAAGCCACCAUUUUAUCUAACUUUGGAUAUCAAACAGCUUAUCAAAUGGUUAUCAAUAAGGAAGUGCAUGCUCUGAUUGGUGAUUAUAUUGAAAUUAGUCAGUGGCUCCUAAGAACAAAGGCAAAUUGUACUUCAUGUUAUGUUAAAAUUUCAGAUUCUUCAAGAAGUUUCGGUUCUUUUAUUUCAAAAGGUCUAUUAACAUCAUCAUCAAAUAAUGAAGUAGACUUGGUCACUCUCUUUAAAUGUAUCACACUUUUGUUAAUUACCAUAUUUAUAACAUUAUAA